CGUGGUCGAGCUGGGGGAAAAGGGCCGGCCGCUUGCGCAUAUUGUUUUCAUGGGAACCCAAGGGCGGGCUUCUUCCCCUCCCCCUCCUCCUCUGGCCGCCGGCGAUUCUCCCGCUUCCAAAGACCACUUCAUUGCGGAUACAUCCGGAGAUCCCCAAGAUUCCGAAACCCAAGACCAUCUCGAAGACUGCGAGCCGGUGGAUGAGGGUUCACGUCCUGUUACCCAGGACGAUACGGUGUCUUCCGCUGCUGCUUCCCUUCACAAUGUUCUCUUUGAUAAGAUCGUGCGGCAGGUUGAGUAUUACUUCAGUGAUGAAAAUCUUCCCAACGAUGCGUUUCUGUUGAAGCAAGUGAGGAAGGACAAGGAGGGGUAUGUUCCAAUUACACUUAUCUCAUCAUUUAAAAAGAUGAAAAAACUCACCAAGGAUCUGUCUCUCAUCGAGGCUGCUCUGAGGACAUCUUCCCUAGUUGUUGUUAGCUCUGAUGGGAAAAGGGUGAAACGGCUGCAUCCACUUCCAGUUGCCGAAGUGCGGAAUGAAAAGACUAAACUUCUGCAUAACCAGCCACGAACUGUUCUAGUUGAAAAUUUGCCAGAGGAUUAUUCUGAAGACAGCAUCCGGAGGAUCUUUGGGACAGCUGGACAUAUUGUAGGGGUUGCCAUACGUAAUCCGCAUUCAGCGGAGCAAUUAGCAACUCUCAAGAAGGCAGAUUUUGCUGUCAGUAGUAAGCUGCAUGCGCUUGUUGAGUAUGACACCGUUGAGGCAGCAGAGACUGCUGUUUUGACACUGAACGAUGAAAUGAAUUGGAGGAAUGGCAUGCGAGUUCAGAUUCUGUUAAAAAGAAUGGAAAAAUAUGGGCUUGUUCCAAAAAGACGGAAAGAUACAUUUUCAGAGAAAAUUAAGGUUGCUGAAGCAUCGGAGAUGCCUGUGCUGAACCAAAACGGAUUAGAGAAAGAGGAAGAGGAGAAUGCUAACGGAAGUAAGGCAGGGCGGGGGAAUAGAUACAAAAGCCGUGGAAGGGGUAACCACCAUCAACCAACCAACGGUCAAGGUCAUGGCAAUGCCAUUUCUGGCUCUAGUGCCGAAGGCUUGUUCAAUAAGCCAAUUUCUGGGCCAAAGAUGCCAGAUGGAACUAGGGGUUUCACAAUGGGGCGAGGAAGACCAAUCACAACCUGAUGGCAAACGUCAAGGUAUCUAUACUAAGAUCUUGCUUUCCUUCUUGCUGAAUAUUGAUGAUUUCUUUCCUCUUUAUCUUAAGCAUAUUGUAUGUGCUUUGUAUCCUAUCUUUGACCGUUUUUUUAUUUCACGAUGAAUGGUUUUGAAGUAUGUUUUCAGUAUAUGAUUGGUGUGUUGUGUAAUUAAUGUGUUAGCAAAAGUGUUUUGGAUGUUGGUUACUUACGGCUUUGUUUGGAAAAGCUGCUAGACUGUUUUUGUGGUAAGAGAAUCAGCCAGUUAAAAAUAGGGUUUGAAAGAUG